AUGGCAUCCUCCCCUGAAUGGGAAACCUUCCAACUGGGUCCUUUCGUCGCGCCUCGCCUGUGGAUCGGCCUUUGGCAGCUCUCCAGUACUGCAUGGGGCAGUGCAUCAGCGUCCAAAAUUCGUCAAAGCAUGGCAAGACACGCAGAUCAAGGGUAUACUGCGUUUGCCGACCACUAUGGAAGUGCGGAGAUUCUUUUCGGACAGUUUCAGGAAUCGCUCCCACCACCGAAGAAGGUGAUUGGAGGAACGAAAUGGUGCGUUUUCAAGGCCACGGAGCCCACCCGUGCCAUCGUUGAAGCCGGCGUACGAGAACGCAUGACACGUAUGCGAACGAAGAGUGUCGACCUCCUCCAGCUUCACUGGCAGAACUAUGCGGACACCGGAUAUUUGCCUGCUUUACGCCACCUGCAGGACCUCCAGGCGGAGGGAGUCAUCACAAACAUAGGCCUGUGUAACUUUGACGCGAUUCGGACGGACGAAAUCUGCACCCAACUGGGGCCCGGUGCCAUUGUCACGAAUCAAGUUCCGUUCUCUCUGAUUGAUACAAGAGUUCUGCAUGGCAUGGCUGAUGUCUGCGAAAGACACGACGUGAAGCUUCUUACCUACGGUACACUGUGUGGUGGCUUCCUCUCUGAUGCCUGGCUCUCAAAGCACGAGCCAGACCCCUAUGGUGGAACCUUGACGCCAUCACAGAGAAAGUACCUCGACAUCAUUCUGAAAGUGUGGGGAGAUUGGGAGCUCUUUCAGACCCUUCUAUCCGUCCUUCGCACCAUCGGCGACCGCCAUGAGAACGCAAGCAUCGCAAACAUAGCCACACGAUGGGUUCUGGAUCAUCCUUGUGUGGGAGCUGUCCUCGUAGGUUCGCGAUUAGGGGUAUCUGAGCAUCCAGACGACAAUCUUAACGUCUUCCGCAUCCGACUCUCAGAGAAAGACAGGGCCGAGAUAGAAGCUGUGUUGGAUCGUUCUGACGGCCGGAGGAUGAUCACUGUCAUUGGAGAUUGUGGUGCAGAGUAUCGGUGA